CGGCAACCGACGUACACAAGGGGCUUGGGCGUCCGUGGAGGGAGCGAGAGGUCAGGCCAUGAACUUGGGUCAGACCUUCCCAACCGCGCUCUUCGUUGACUGGCCCGCCGGAAGAUGGUUUAAAGCUUGAAACUGAAUUAUUGGAUGGAAAAACCAAGCUAAUAUUGUCUCCAUAUGAACGUAAAUCAAACAUUUCUGUAAAGAUGGGAAAUAAGACCAAGAUUGGAAAAUGUCCUUUAAGAACAAAACAAACCAGAUGCAUUCUAAAAUCAACACAAAAUACUUGUAUCAGUAGUGAAAAACUUUUGGAAAAGAAGAAAAUUGGUUCAGAAACGUCACUGGUAAAAGGUGAAAAAAAUAGUAUGGCUAAGGAUUUAUGCAAGCAGUAUGCUGAUAAAGACUGUCUUCAUAUCCGGAAAGAGAGUUCACCUACAACCCCUAAAAUACAGAAGACUGGGAACACCUUAAGUACACCUGUAAUGGCUAAACAGAAGCCUUGCAAAAAUCACAUCACAGGCGAAAAUAUGAAGAGUAGUUUGGUGUGUCUAACACAAGACCAGCUACAACAGAUUUUGAUAAAUGUAAACCACAGAAAUAGACCCACGUUCCUGACUGAGAAUGGAAAGGAGGAGGAAACAAGUCAGUACAGUCUACAUUUAAACAGUAUUCCUAAUCAGAAAAAGGAUGAGAACAUUAUGGGACUACUCCAAAAAACUGAGGUUGUUUCAUGUGUCCAAGAUGAAAAUAAAUCUGUUUUAAAUAAAAGUCAGGAGACAUCUAAGCAGUCUGAGCAUAAAAUUGCCAUAGAGAAUGUAUGGAAACCAGCGGACAUAUUCAGUACUCUGGGGGAAAGAGAACGUGAUAGAAAUUUGUUGGAAGCAAAAAAAGCCCAGUGGAGGAAAGAGCUUGAUGAACAGGUUGCUUUAAAGAAGAAAGAAAAAGAAACUCCUGAAAAAUGGAAUAAUACUUGGGAAAAAUCUGAAAGUGAUAAAAUAGUAUGGGAAAAACUUCAAAUUCUUGACCAGUCUAAGACUUCUGCUAGUGUUUCCAGCAUUCUGUCACAGUCUCCCACACAGGUAAUGGUGGUCCAGGCUGAUGGUCACUCACCAUCUAGAGCUAGUCAGAUUUUAGAGGAAGCAGUACUGCCAGAGCACCCUUUUAGUGGUGUGAAACAAGAACAGCAGAGCAAAUGGAUUGAAGAGUUGAACAAACAAAUAGAAGAUGACGGGCAAAGAAAAAUAGAAGAAAAAAUUGUAUCUUCAAAGGGUGAGGAACAUGACAGAUGGGCAGUGCAUUUUGAUUCUCAGUCUCAGCUGUCCUCUCGGUCAACAUACAAACAACCAGAGUACUUCUGUAUCUCUCCGGACCCUCAGGAGCUAGCUGAUAUCAGCAGUGUUUAUACACCUACAACUGGAAGCCAGAUUGAACCUUUAGAAGAGGAGUAUAUAGCAAAACCUGUUAGAGGUGCGGCAAUCCCAAACAGUCAAAAAACAAACUUUCUCCGUUCUAUGACUGCUCUCUUGGACCCAGCUCAAAUUGAAGAACGAGACAGGCGGCGACAAAAACAGUUAGAACAUCAGAAAGCCAUCUCUGCUCAGGUAGAAGAAAAGCGUAGGAAGAAGCAGUUGCAAGAAGAGCAAAGAAAGAAGGAAGAACAAGAAGAGGAGCUUCGCUUAGCACGGGAACGAGAAGAGAUGCAGAAACAGUAUGAAGAAGACAUACUUAAGCAAAAACAGAAGGAAGAAAUUAUAACUGUCAAGACAAAUGAACUCUUCCAGACAAUGCAGAGAGCACAGGAGCUGGCACAGAGACUAAAACAAGAACAGAGAAUCCGAGAAUUGGCUGAAAAGGGACAUGACACUUCUAGAUUGAUUAAAAAUCUUGGCGUUCAAGUGGAAUUUAAUGAAUCUACUAAGAACAUUUCAAAUUCAAGACAUGGCUUGGAUGAAGUCAGUGGUAAAAUGAACACCUGUAUCAAUUCUACGAACUCUCCUAAAAAGGAUACUGGUGUGCAAACAGCUCUUUUUUCAGAUGACUUAAAUAUUGCAAUAUUCACCAGCGCAGAAUCACAGUGUGGAUCAGUAAUGGAAAGGGAAAUUAUACAUUGUUCAUCUCCCGAGAUUCCUGCAGAAUUUAAUGAACAGUUUAACACUCAGAAAAAACAACAAGAACUAAGAAGUCAGAAUAAAGGAGCCAACUUAGAAAAAGGAAACAGUUGGUGUAAUGACCAGUGUAGUCAGUUCACAAGAACAGAGAAACAAACAAAACAUAUGAAGAAAUGUUCUAAAAGACCUGAAUGGAAUAUAAAUAAACCACUCAAAGGGUAUAUUCCAGCAUCAGAAAAGUACCCUAAACAGCUUCAAAAGCAGAGAGAAGAAAAAAAAGUAAGAAGGCAAAUGGAACUGCUACAUUUAGUAGAAAGAAAUAAUCCUGGAAACCUCUCUCAAAACAGAGGCACUUCACCAGUUCUUCAUUCAUCUCAUCAAGACACAGAGCCAAAGUUCAGGUGGCAUUUAGUCAAAAAGGAAGAAGAACCUCUGAAAAUUAAUUAUUUCAGCAAAGAAAGGUCUCAAUCACCACCAGUUCCUGUGAUAAAAAACAGAACUCAACAGACACUGAAAAAGAGUAAUUACGAAAGAGAGGAUCUGAUCUCAGGAGGCAAUCAAACAGAGUUAUCACCCAGGAUUUCUGAACCAUCUCAUUUUAUUCCCUAUGUUCGAACCAAUGAGAUCUAUUACCUUGAUCCAGAUGCGCCAUUGUCUAGGCCUCUAACCCAGGAUCCUCAGUAUCAAAAUCCACAUAAUUGUGACCAAGAACGACAGCUAUUUGACUUGGACAGGGACCCACUUCUUAAUCCUAACUUGGUGAAAAACAGGGAUAGACAGCAAGCAAUCCUAAAGGGACUAUCAGAACUGAGACAGGGCCUUCUCCAGAAGCAAAGGGAGUUGGAAACUAAUCUCAUGCCUUUAGCUGCCAAUCAAGAAGAUAACUUUAGUUCUUCAUUUUCAAUAUAGAAAAAUCAAAUCCUUCACAUUUGUCUUCCAAAUUAUAAAAUGUCCUCGUUGCUUAACUGUAUUUUUUCAAAUAGCCUAGAUUUAUUUUUAAAUGCUUAUUUAAAAUUUGUAUAUUCUGUAGUAAAAUGCUGUAUAUGUAUAUAUAAUAAUUUUUUUUAACAAUAAAACACUUUUCUGCUCUGUCACAA